AGGAUAAUAUUUGGAUUUGGAUAGAACACACAAAAACACAACCAAAACCCAAAAAUAACAAAAACAACAACAAUGGCAAUGGCCAGUCCUUCUUCUACUUCAGCCACUCUAACUCUAUCAUCAAUUCAUCUUCACCAAGAACCUAAAUCAUCCCUAAUCUCUUCUCUAACUUUCAAACAAAACCCCCCAAAACAAAAUCUUUUUCAUCUACAGUCCCACCAAUUAGAAUGCUUUCUUAGACCUAAGUCCAAGAUUUCACCUUUUUUGGUUUCUGCUUAUGCCGCUGAAGCUGACUUGGCUGAAGAUGUUGAUGAGGAUGUUUCCGGUGGUGGUGUUGCCACCGUGGCUCCGCCGUCCCCUUCUAAACCCAAGAAAGGGAAAGCUGCCUUGCCUCUUAAAAGUGACAGGACUAGGUCGAAGAGAUUCCUGGAAAUUCAAAAGCUGAGGGAGAACAAGAAAGACUAUGAUGUGAAAACUGCAAUAUCAUUGCUCAAGCAAAUGGCAAGCACAAAGUUUGUAGAAAGCGCAGAAGCACAUUUUCGUCUCAACAUUGACCCAAAAUAUAAUGAUCAACAGCUAAGAGCAACAGUGAAUUUGCCCAAAGGUACCGGUCAAGUUGUCAGGGUGGCUGUUCUAACUCAAGGUGAAAAGAUCGAUGAAGCGAAAAAUGCUGGAGCAGAUAUUGUUGGUGGAGAGGACUUGAUAGCACAAAUUAAAGGAGGAUUCAUGGAAUUUGACAAACUUAUUGCCACCCCUGAUAUGAUGCCUAAGUGUGCCGCUCUAGGAAAGAUAUUGGGACCCCGAGGACUUAUGCCAAACCCAAAGGCCGGAACUGUUACCACCACAAUACCUCAGACCAUAGAGGAAUUUAAAAAGGGGAAAGUGGAAUUCAGAGCAGACAAGACAGGAAUUGUUCACUUACCAUUCGGGAAGGCAAAUUUCUCAGAAGAAGAUCUUAUAGUAAACCUUAUCGCUGCAGUGAAAUCAGUGGAAACAAACAAGCCAACUGGGGCUAAAGGAGUAUACUGGAAAAGCGCCCAUAUAUGUUCGUCAAUGGGGCCUUCAAUCCGGUUAGAUAUCAAGGACAUGCUUGAUUUCAAGCUUCAGUAGUGAAUGCAUGAAUGUCUAAAGAAAUGUAAACCAUAGAUGUAAAUUAUAUCAUACGCUGCUUUAUUAGCUUCUCGAGGUGUGUUCUUAGAAGACGGAGUGAUGCAGUAUAGCAUGGUUGACAAAAGGAAGAGCACCAAAGCUAUUUCCUGGAUCAACAUUCUCAUUAGUGUUCUUCCUUUUUUGCCAAUUCAACAAUACACUUGUAUGACUGUUAUAUUGGUUCUAAGCUUUAAUUUUGGUUUUGUGA